AUGGUUGCCUGCAAAUUGCUACAAUCGGGCGUGGCUGCUAUUUUCGGACCGACUGAGCCUCAGGUGGCCAACCACGUUCAGUCAAUUUGCGACGCCAUGGACAUUCCCCACGUGCAAUUAACCUGGGACAAUUGGCAAGCAUUCGAUCACGUUCGACAGUCCAUCAACUUGCAUCCACACCCGGAAGUUCUCGGUCAGGCUUUCGAGACUUUGAUCGAAUCUUGGAAUUGGGAAACAUUUGCGCUGCUUUACGAAGAUUUCCACGGGUUCAUCGGCCUUCAAACCCUUUUGCGCCCAAAUUCCCCAGACAACAUCCGAAGAAGUUUCAUCAUCCGAAAAUUGCCCGAAGACGGAAACUACAGACAUUUGUUGCGUGAGAUUAAGGCUACGGGAUACACGAAAAUAAUCCUCGACUGCAACUCGUCCAAGUUGUACGACAUCUUGGAGCAGGCUCAGCAAAUAGGAAUGAUGACGGAAGCGCACAGCUACUUGACCACGACUCUGGACAUGCACACUGUGGACCUGGAAAGGUUCCAGUACGGAGGCACGAAUAUCACGGGCUUUCGUUUGGUCAAUCUGGACAACUCCACUGUGUUGAAAGUGCUGGAAGGCUGGCAGAGAAAACUCAAUUCCGAGGGGUUUGGUGUGAAUGUGUGUCCCAAGGAUGUUUCCGAUCCUCGGGUCCUGUUUGACAUGAAGACUGAAGCUGCUCUGAUGUAUGAUGCAGUACAAGUGUUUGCAAAUGCCCUGACAAAAUUGGGCAGCAGCCAAGUCAUCAAUACCAAGAGCAUCAAUUGUGAUGGAGACAACUUCUGGGAGCAUGGACAUUCACUCAUCAACUACAUGAAAUUGGAAGACAUGGAGGGACUCACUGGGAAAAUAGUUUUCGACAGCCAGGGUUUGAGGACCUUUUUCAGCCUGGACCUGAUGAAGCUGACAGAGAGAGGACUGGUGAAGGCUGGAGUGUGGACUCCCAACCAAAUAUCCUACAUUCCAAUUGAUCACACCAUUGCCAAAUUUGAGUCUAGUUCACUGUUCAACAGGACCUUGAUUGUGACCACAGUGUUGAGUGACCCAUACGCCAUGUUCAAGAAGUCUUCAGAGGAACUCACUGGAAAUGACAGGUUUGAAGGGUUCUGCAUAGACCUCAUUGACCACAUUGCCAAGAAAUUGCACUUCAACUACACUUUCAAGUUGGUGGAUGACGGGAAAUAUGGAAAUUAUGAGAAGGACCCAAACCAUCCAAAUGGUGGCUACUGGAAUGGGAUGAUUGCAGAAGUCAUCAAUGGGGUAGCUGAUAUGGCCAUUGCUGAUCUCACCAUCAGUUAUGAAAGGGAAAGUGUUGUGGACUUCACUACACCUUGGAUGAACCUGGGGAUCAGUAUUUUGUACAGGAAGCCCACGAAACAACCCCCGAAUCUCUUCAGCUUCUUGUCUCCACUCUCACCCGACGUGUGGAUUUACAUGGCCUCAGCCUACAUUUUCGUCUCCAUCGUAGCUGAUAUGGCCAUUGCUGAUCUCACCAUCAGUUAUGAAAGGGAAAGUGUUGUGGACUUCACUACACCUUGGAUGAACCUGGGGAUCAGUAUUUUGUACAGGAAGCCCACGAAACAACCCCCGAAUCUCUUCAGCUUUUUGUCUCCACUCUCACCCGACGUGUGGAUUUACAUGGCCUCAGCCUACAUUUUCGUCUCCAUCGUUCUCUUUGUCCUGGCCCGGUUCACUCCACUAGAAUGGGAGAACCCACAUCCGUGUAAUGAGGACCCAACUUACUUAGAAAAUCAGUUUGACCUCAAGAAUUGCUUGUGGUUCACCAUUGGCAGCCUCUUCCAGCAAGGUUGCGAUAUUUUGCCAAAAUUUACCCCUUAUGAGUGGGUGAAUCCCUAUCCAUGCAUUGAGGACCCUGAUGAAUUGGAAAACGAUUUAACAUUUUCCAACUCCCUUUGGCACAAUUGGGGCUCAUUGAUGCAACAGGGCUCUGACAUUGCCCCAAAGGCAGUCUCCACAAGAAUGGUGGCAGGGAUGUGGUGGUUCUUCACACUGAUCAUGAUAUCCUCAUACACUGCAAACUUGGCUGCGUUUUUGACUGUUGAACAAUUGGAGUCACCUAUUGAGAGUGCAGCAGACCUGGCCAAUCAAGACAAGAUCAAAUAUGGAUGCUUGGCAGGAGGAUCCACCUUUUCCUUCUUCAGGGAUGCCAAAUUCAGCACAUACCAGAAAAUGUACAGGUUUAUGCAUGCCCAUCCGGAGCAAAUGGUGACGAAAAACAGCCUCGGGGUGGAGAGGGUGGAAGAAUCCCAUGGAAAUUACGCCUUUCUCAUGGAAUCCACGUCCAUUGAAUAUGUGGUGGAAAGAAGGUGCAAAUUGGCGCAAGUUGGAGGCCUAUUGGAUACAAAAGGCUACGGCAUUGCGUUGGCUCCAAAUUCCCCACACAGAGGCUUGAUCAGUGGGGCAAUCCUUGAGCUGAGAGAGGAUGGUGUUCUGUACCAGUUGAAGACCAAAUGGUGGAAGCAGAAGAGAGGAGGUGGCAAGUGCAAGGAAGCUGGAUCUGGCACAGGUGGACAAGCAGCACCUCUAGGACUUCCAAAUGUUGGUGGGGUUUUUGUUGUGCUCUUGGGUGGGAUGGGUGUGGCCUGUCUCAUUGCAGCUGUGGAAUUCAUGUGGGAGUCCAAGAGUGUUUCAGAGGAAGAAGGGACAAAUAUUUGGGAUGAAGUCAGAAAGGAGCUAAAAUUUGCUAUGAAAUGCAGUGGUUCCUCAAAACCAGUCAAAAGGAAAGAUGACACCAGUGGUGGUGGAGAAGAGGAGGAUGGCAUGGACCAAGGAAUACCUGAACUGCCUGAUUACUGAGCUUCUUGGAUCAACUGAAUUGUUGCAAAUGGUCCAAUUUGCACAAUUUCAGUUGCUCUGAAAAUUGACAGGCAAAAAUGGUAACCAUCUCCAGAAAAAAUGGCCUCUUUUGUAUCAUGUAGGAGAGGAUACAAAUGUGGGGAGCAUGCAAAUCUUGAGUGAACUUCAUCGUGUUUGUGUCAUGCUUUGAGCAAACUGCCUUUUCCUCACAUUGUAAAUACAGCUGUGGUUCCUAUCGUUUUUUUUUCUAAGGAGCAGAAACCAGGGAGAGAAAGAAUCUCAGUGAAAACUGCCAGUGCUGAGAGGGUUGAAAUGCACAUUGUUUUGGUUUUUGACA